AUGUCCGUCGAUGAAUCCAUAUGUGGCAGUGCGCUGUUCAGUGUUUCUGCCGCCGACGACGUCGAUGUCCCAAUCGAGAUCCUGGUAGAGUACCUAUUUCAAGUCGUACCAAUUUCGGAUUUACAGUUUUUCCCUCUCUCUUUCCUCUUGCAGCACAUUGCAGGAAUGAAGGGACCAAGAGAAAGGAAGAAAGAAAAAAAAAACUCAUUCAUCAUGACCAGACUGCCCUGUACCUUCUUGAAGACAGAAGGGAAAAAGAAGUGCGACUAUGCACAUAUAGUAUUGAAGGGGGAAAAACAAUCCUUUGAGACGGAAAACGGUUAG